AUGACGGAAUACUGGUUAAUAUCUGCACCGGGUGACAAGACCUGCCAGCAGACCUGGGAAACGAUGAACAAUGUUACCAGCAAGCAGAACAAUCUGUGUGAAAACUUUAAGUUUCAUAUUCCGGACCUUAAGGUGGGAACCCUCGAUCAGCUGGUCGGACUGUCCGACGAUUUGGGCAAGCUGGAUGGCUACGUAGAGCAGACAACGCGCAAGAUUGCCGCCUAUCUAGGCGACGUGCUGGAAGAUCAGCGCGACAAGUUGUACGAGAACUUGCAGGCCAACAACAAUGACUUGGCUUUGUACAUCACCCGUUUCCAGUGGGAUUUGGCCAAGUAUCCGACGAAGCAAUCGCUGCGUAACAUUGCGGACAUUAUCUCCAAACAAGUCGGACAAAUCGAUGCUGAUCUGAAGACGAAAUCGGCCGCGUAUAACAACCUGAAGGGCAACCUUCAGAAUUUGGAGAAAAAGCAAACUGGCAGUUUGUUGACGCGUAAUUUGGCGGAUCUGGUAAAGAAGGAACACUUCAUUCUGGAUUCGGAAUACUUGACCACGUUGCUCGUUAUUGUCCCGAAGUACGUGGCCAACAUGGGUGAUUGGAAUGCACACUAUGAAAAGAUCACGGACAUGAUCGUGCCCCGUUCGUCGCAGACGAUCACACAGGACGCAGACUAUGCACUCUGCACGGUGACGCUAUUCAAGAAGGUCGUGGACGAAUUUAAGCUGCACGCCCGUGAACGUAAGUUUGUCGUGCGUGAGUUUGUUUACAAUGAGGAAGAGUUGGCCGCAGGCAAGAACGAAAUCACGAAGCUGGUUACGGAUAAGAAGAAGCAAUUCGGUCCACUGGUUAGAUGGUUGAAGGUCAACUUUAGCGAGUGCUUCUGUGCCUGGGUGCACGUUAAGGCACUGCGUGUGUUCGUCGAAUCGGUACUGAGAUACGGACUGCCAGUCAAUUUCCAAGCCAUCCUGAUCCACCCGAACAAGAAGAGCACAAAGCGUCUGCGCGAUGUACUUCAACAGCUGUACAGUCAUCUCGAUGGCUCGGCGGGCUCUUCCGGUGGAAAUGCGGAUAACGUCGAUAUUCCUGGACUCGGUUUCGGACAAUCCGAAUACUUCCCGUACGUGUACUAUAAGCUUAACAUCGAUAUGGUCGAAACGAAGGUUUAA